GUGGUCCCGCCGUCCGGCCUCGGCGCCUCCUUGCGCCCGGGCAUCGGCUGCUGGGCCUUCUGGGUCCGCCGCGCGGUUGGGCCUCGUUGGUUCCGUGAAACAGCGGCUCGUGAAGGCCCCGUGGCGGCCUGCAUGCCCAAGACUCCCAGGCCUGUGGAGGUAUAAGAGUGGAUCUGCAGAGAUUGGGUGUGAGGAUUUCUGGCAUGUGACCCAGUCCUCACUGCUCCUGGUUCCCUAUUCUGCCCUCUUUGGAAUCUUCUGGCCCUGAGAGAUCUGUGAAAAGAGGAGAAAAUGGCACCUGAGUUCCUGGCAGCAAGACCCCCAGAACAAAGCAGCUGCCUGAGCAUGAAGGCCACGGGACGCCCCCCACGAGUUCCACCUUUGGCGGAGACAACACCUCCUGAAACUCCCUCUGGAUGUUCCAGGUGGAGUUUGGACAGGCUGCAGAGAGUUUCCCCCAGCAGAGCCACUGGGGCUCAGGGGAUUCCCUUCCUAACAGGGAGGGCAAGAUGUGGGAACAUGUAGAAGCUGGAGCCACCUCAGAGUCCAAGGAGACAGCACUGCCUUCUGAGGGCUCUGCCCUUCUUCAGGAAGAGGAGGAAAUGCCCAAAUUACAGGAGCUGGUGACAUUCAAGGAUGUGACUGUGGACUUUACCCAGGAAGAGUGGGAGCAUCUGGACCCCUCUCAGAGGCACCUGUACAGUGAAGUGAUGUUAGAGAACUAUGGGAAUCUCAUCUCCGUGGGUGAGAACAGCAUCUUCCUGAGCCCACCUGCUCUCUCAGUGGUACCGUGGUGUGGAGUAAAUCCUAAGGGGAUUUGUAUUUGGAGGUCCACACAUUCCAUAUCCCUUAUGGUAGUAGGUAUCAGAUUUGAGAGUGCAUAAAAAUACCUGAGAUGAUGGUUAGAAAUGCCAGUUCCUGUCCAAAUUAGAGACUAAAGAGAUAAGACAACUAAAUGUGGUAUGUUAUCCUAGAUAAGAAAUACUGAAGAAAAGAGCACUAAAGGGGACAUAUUUGUGACAAUUGGCAUCGUUUGCAAAUUAACUGUGGGCUAGAUAGUAAUACUGUGUCCAUGUUAAGUUUCCUGAUUUUGAUGACUGUACUGCGGUUACGGAAAAGAAUGCCCCUGUUCUUAGGAAAUGUACACUGAAGAAUUCAGUCAGAGACCCACAGGCCUGUAACUUUCUCUUAGAUGGUUUAGAAAAGAACUGUGUGUGUGUGUGUGUGUGUGUGUGUGUGUGUGUGUGUGUGUGUGUGUGUAGAGAGAGAGAGAACAUAAAGUAAAUGGAUCAAAUAUUAACAACUGGUGAGUAUGGAUUAGGGUUCCAUGGGCCUUCUGUGUAUUAUUACUCUUGCCAUUUUUCUCUAAAAUAAAAGAUUACCCAGAAAAACCUAUAUCCCUAGGUUCCAUCACCAGGGCUACUGAGUCAGUGGAUUUGGGAUGGAGUCUGCAUUUUUGACAAGUCUCUUCAAACCACACUUUGGGCAGUGCUUCUCCGGUGGACGCAGAAUCAUUACUGCCUGUUCAGCCCAUGAGAGUUAUUACAGGUGUAUAUGACCAGCGGGCCUCUUCACCAAAGUCCCCGGGAACUCCUAGAACUUUUGCUUUUAGGAAAAAUACUUCUUUGUUCAUUUGUUUCUGUGUGUGUGUGUGUAUGUAAGUAAAUGUGAAUCGUAAUAUUCAUGUGUAAUGGUUUUAUUCAUCUUUCUCAGUCUUCCAAGGACCUUCAUGAAUACCAAGGGAUACGAUUUGCCUGGAGGGAGGGUCCUUGUCCACAUCACAGUGCCCUAAUCCACGUCUUUCCCCUCAAGCAGGACAUCUGCUGUCCA